AUGGCCCUGGUAUCCACAGUACAACAGAUCGAGCACGCAGCUCACCCUGAACAUACGCAAAUUCACUCUUGGUACUUGCCCAGGCCCCUUAAUAAGUACGAUGCCGCGUGGGAGAUGUUCCAGACACGUCCAGAGCUCUGGUUUACCGACGACUGUUUCGUCCAUAUCCGAGAUAUCAAUCUUGCUCAAUGCGGCACACUCGACUUUGUCGACUAUGGUAAUAAAAGUUAUCUAGGAAGGCUUUGCUAUUCCUCUAUUACCACUAACGGCGAGAUAUACAAAGUCACAUGGGACGUUAGAGGAGAAGACAUAUGCAAAGAGUUGGUUAACGAUGCCGGUGGAUCGGUCGUGGGGCUCAAAAUGGCACCCUCUGCGAAUAUCCAUAACUAUGGACACUUCCAGAUGGAUGUGAAAUUCGAUGUCCCUAGGUCCGCCGUUCGUUAUUACGGUGCCUAUUAUGGAGUAUUUUCGGGCGUACCUACGAGAACGCGGAUUCUCAAGGGACCCAAGCUCUUCUGCCACGAUCAUUCGGUAGACAUCAUGAUUAUGUACGAAUGUACUCUCAGCGCGGAAGGCGGCCUUUUGGACACCAAUAUUGCCGAUUACAAGUGGGAUCUUAUGCUCAUGAGGUUCUGUGAUAACCAUGAUCACCCGUGGCAUAUUAUGUCCGUUGCAGAAGCGGGCCGUAUCGACGAAGGCGAAAUUACUGAAGAACGCCAUUCGUGUUACCACGGUUACCCAGAUCCAAACUUCUACGAAUCUGCUGACCCACAGGAUGCCAACUACUGAGUGUCUUCCUCGUUGGCCCGUCUAGGAAAGUUGUUUGCCUCUGAUGGUCUUAGC